AUGGAAAACGGCGCGCAGGGCGAAGGGAAAGACCCCUCCAGUUUCCUCGGCGAUAUCAUCGGCAACCCCGUCAUCGUUAAGCUCAAUUCGGGCGUGGUAUACAAGGGUGAACUCCAGUCGGUGGAUGGCUAUAUGAAUAUUGCGCUGGAAAAGACACAAGAGUUUGUGAACGGUGUUAAGAGAAGAGAGUAUGGCGAUGCUUUUGUGCGCGGCAACAACGUGAUGUAUAUUUCUGCAGACUCCUGA